CUCUCUCUCUCCACUUCCACACCAAAAAUAUCCACUCUCUUUCUCUCUUUCUCUCUCUAUUUAAACCCCUCUCCCCCAUCCCCACUCUCCUUAGCCACUGCGAACUCCACGCAACAGCAACAACCCGUUGAGAUCGCAAAAUGGCAUCUCCAUCUGUAUGCUUCACUGCAAAUGGGACAUCUAAAUGCUGUGGUAUGCCAAAUUUGACAAAGGAAAUUUAUGGAAAACGUCUAAUUGGUUUAGCUAGGCUUCCUUCACGUAGUCUCGUACAUAGGCGAGUCUCUGCAACUGCAUCCUUGGAGCAUAAGCACCAAAAUGGCAGAAGAAAAUUCUUAAAACUGCUUGGAAACAUCGGACUUGGACUUCCAGCUUUGGCGGGUACAAAAAGUGCUUUUGCGGAUGAACAAGGUGUAUCCUCUUCAAGAAUGUCCUAUUCUAGGUUUCUCGAAUAUCUCGACAAGGAUAGGGUGAAAAAGGUUGAUUUAUUUGAAAAUGGAACCAUCGCAAUUGUAGAAGCCAUUUCUCCUGAGCUGGGUAAUCGCAUACAAAGAGUACGCGUGCAACUCCCUGGUCUAAGUCAGGAGCUUCUUCAAAAGCUAAGAGAGAAGAACAUAGAUUUUGCCGCACAUAAUGCGCAAGAAGACUCAGGCUCUCUUUUAUUCAACUUGAUUGGAAACUUAGCCUUCCCUCUCAUACUUAUCGGAGGAUUGUUUCUAUUAUCGAGAAGAUCAUCUGGUGGGCUUGGUGGACCUGGUGGGCCUGGUUUCCCCCUCGCUUUCGGGCAGUCACGAGCCAAGUUCCAGAUGGAACCCAACACUGGUGUGACAUUCGAUGACGUGGCGGGAGUGGAUGAGGCAAAGCAAGAUUUCAUGGAAGUUGUGGAGUUCUUGAAAAAGCCUGAAAGAUUUACUGCAGUCGGUGCUCGAAUUCCUAAAGGAGUUCUUCUUAUAGGUCCACCAGGAACUGGGAAGACUUUGCUAGCCAAGGCAAUUGCAGGUGAAGCAGGGGUCCCAUUCUUUUCUAUUUCGGGAUCUGAAUUUGUAGAGAUGUUUGUGGGUGUCGGUGCCUCACGUGUCCGCGACCUUUUCAAGAAGGCAAAAGAGAAUGCCCCUUGCAUAGUGUUUGUUGAUGAGAUCGAUGCAGUCGGGAGGCAAAGAGGUACAGGGAUCGGUGGAGGGAAUGAUGAGAGAGAACAGACACUAAAUCAGCUUUUGACUGAGAUGGAUGGGUUCGAAGGAAACACCGGUAUUAUUGUGAUUGCUGCCACUAAUCGCGCUGACAUAUUGGAUUCUGCUUUGUUGAGGCCUGGGCGGUUUGACAGACAGGUGACUGUCGAUGUUCCUGAUGUCCGUGGUCGAACAGAAAUACUGAAGGUGCAUGGAAGCAAUAAAAAGUUUGAUAGUGAUGUUUCUCUUGAUGUCAUAGCAAUGAGAACACCUGGCUUUAGUGGAGCAGACCUUGCAAAUCUAUUGAACGAAGCGGCCAUAUUGGCUGGCCGAAGAGGGAAGACAGCAAUUUCCUCGAAGGAGAUAGAUGACUCCAUUGACAGGAUUGUUGCUGGAAUGGAAGGGACAGUGAUGACUGAUGGGAAAAGCAAAAGUCUUGUGGCUUAUCAUGAAGUUGGACAUGCAAUUUGUGGGACUCUGACUCCGGGCCACGAUGCAGUCCAAAAGGUAACCCUAAUCCCACGUGGCCAAGCACGUGGGCUUACUUGGUUUAUUCCUACCGACGACCCAACUUUGAUCUCCAAGCAGCAACUCUUUGCAAGAAUUGUUGGAGGUCUUGGAGGCAGAGCCGCCGAGGAAGUUAUAUUUGGGGAGCCUGAGGUGACCACUGGCGCUGCAGGUGAUUUGCAACAGAUCACUGGCUUAGCCAAACAGAUGGUGACCACAUUCGGCAUGUCAGAGAUCGGCCCAUGGUCACUGAUGGACUUAUCAGCACAAAGCGGUGACGUCAUCAUGAGAAUGAUGGCGAGGAACUCUAUGUCGGAGAAACUCGCAGAGGACAUCGACGCGGCCGUGAAGAGGAUAUCAGACAAAGCAUACGAGGUUGCUUUGGCUCAUAUUAGGAACAACCGAGAAGCAAUUGAUAAGAUCGUGGAAGUGCUUCUCGAGAAGGAAACUUUGUCGGGCGACGAAUUUAGAGCAAUCCUUUCCGAAUUCGUGGAGAUUCCUGCUGAGAAUAGGGUUCCUCCAGCCACUCCUGCAGCUGCUCUCCCUGCUUAGUUUGCUCACUCAGAAACAAUAUGGAUGGUUGUUGUGAAAUACGGUAAUGUUCAUAUUUGGAUUCGUGUAUUCACUAUUUCUGGAUACGAUGUCGAAUUUUUGAUGUAAAAUCUGUAUAAUAUACUUUUGAUUGAGUGUAGCUACAACUAUCCUUCGGACUUUUGAUCAUCAUAGUAUGAAAAGUUUUAGGCAAAAAGAUUAAUCCUGCUUCUACUUGCUGGAGCUUUUAAUUUGCGGCUUUUAGUAGUUGAUCGUGUAUAUCGAGAUCUUGUAUUAGUGGAAGAUAGUGAUAGUGAUAAAUACGGGAUUAUUCUUUUAAUGAA